CUUCCACGGGAGGACUCAUCUAUUCUUCCAUUUCGUGAAGCGGCUCGUAAACUUCAGGAUGCAUUUAACAAGGCCGACGUCCUCCAAAGGGCGAAGCAGACUGGCUGUUAACGACUCUCCGUCUUCCGGUGACGCUGACCCGAUACAGAGGCCUCCCGUGUCUCCAGAUUGUCCCGUCUCCAGCAGGCCGGACAGAAAGCUACGCUCCCAGUCCCAACCUAUAAUGUGGCAGGCCGGCCAGCUGAGCCAGGAAGGGGCUCUGCAGAUGUUGCAACCCGCCCCCGCAGCACCACUGCAGUCCUUAAACAAGUACAAGGUUCUUCCAGCUAUUGGUGGAAGGCAGUCGGGUGUGCGUCCCGGGAGAAGCCUAGACCUAAACAUGUCCACGCUCAGCCUGUCUGAGGAGGCUGUCCUGCAGCAGAGGCACCGGCACGAGGAGCCAGGUCUGCCCACAGUGAAGGAUGCGACCCAGACCAGCCGCUCUCAGGCGGACAAGACGGCUGGGCCCAAGCCCCCUGACCCAGGACCAAGAAUAAGCAAAGAAGCUGGCAGUUUGCUCCUAGCUAUCCGAGCCCCAUGUGGGAGGAGGUUUCAGCAGCACUUUGAACCCACAGACACUCUGCUGAUGGUGAGAGCGAGUGCGGAGCUCAGGUACGAGGCCGAGUACGGGGAGGCUUCCAUUGAGACCAUGGAUGUGCCACGCAGGACCUUCACAGACAUGGAUGUGAGCUUGGCCCAGUGUGGCAUCUUGAACAGAUCGGUGUUGUGCAUCUCACAGAAUUAAAGUUCAGUGGAGGGGAGUCCGAGUAAGCCUAAAUAUGUUUUCAGUUUGGCAGGUCUGGCUUUGUGGUGGUAUUUUUAAAAAAAACUCCACUUCUUGUCUCGGAUGUUUUGAGCCUCACUUCGUAAAAUGGUGUAUUCUGCAGAGUUUAAUGAAGGAGAAGUCAUUUUGUGUUCAGCAGAAGUUAGAACCCAUAAAAAAAAAGGAAAAUAAUCUUUUGAUUUGUAAUUGAUACAGUAUGUUGUGAAAAACGAUACAUAUAUCUUUCAGGACAUUUGUGGCUUCAAUAGAUGUGCUAUAAAUGUGAUUUCUUAUUUGGUAAUUUAACUUUUUUGUGGAAAAUCCAUGUUGGACUAAAAUUAUUAGUUGUAGACUUUUUUGUAUAACUCUUUCUAUUUUUGUUGUAAAACAUGUCUCGAGAGAACCUUUUUGGGGAUUUUGACGACAGCCAAUUCAGAACAAUUAGGUCCACUAGUGCGUAUACUUGUUAACUUCUUUUGCUGCUAGAUUGCUCAGAAUCAUUAAUACAUAUUACAAGUGUAUAUAACCACAGUUGGCCUAUGGGUACAUUUCAAAUAGUAUGUUCCAGUCAUAACAGUAUAGGUGAUUACUUAAUUAAGAAAGUAUCUCCUGUCAGGUAUUCAUUGAUGCUCAUCUGUCAUUUAAUAGCAAAGCAUUAGAGAUAAGAAAUGCUGCUGACAAAUGCAGCAACAAAAUGGGUUGUUGCAAACAUUCACAUCUUUUGUUUUUUGAUGGAUGUGCCAAAUACGCUUUAAUUGGGCUGCAGAUGCACAUUACAGCCAAUAUAUGAUGAAUUCAUCCGACUUUACUUUUAUACUUUAACCAUCACCCUGCUUUAACAAACACAAAGGAAUAAUCAUGUGACUAGUUAUUGAUGUCAGACUUGUUGAUUCACUAGUUGAGAUAAGGUAACAUGCAGGUAUGUGGUAAUGUACCGGAACCGAUAAAACUGCUGGCCUUUCACAGAAGAUAUGUUUACAUGCAACAGAAGAAAAAGCACAGGUCUAAAUAUUUAAAUGUAGAAUGAACAACACCUGUGCUUUUCUUUGAGUCAGAAUGGCCACUGUGAAAAAGGUCAUCUGAAAAUAACUCUCAAUCUCUUCUAUGAAAGAACUCCUUUUAUGUUUCAAAUGCUGAAUGGAUCCAUAAAAUGAUUUCUUGAUGGAGAGUGAAAGUACCAAAAUACGACAAUACAAUCCUGUUCUUUCAGGAAAAGGAAAAAACUAAAUCAAUCACACACAAAUGGAGCAUUUGGAGGUUACACACUUCCUAUCUUUUGAACAUAUUGUAUACUACCUGAAUACAUAUAUUUUCAUGUUUAAUA